AGCUUAAAAGCUAGAACAAAAUUCAAAAAGAAAACUUUAGCUAUGUUUAAGAAUAAGUCUGCCUGGUUUUCAAGCAGUGUGUCACAGACAUGGCACAACUUUUGGAUAUCGGAGGGUGGAAGUGUCGCUGGUUGGAAAACAGCUGAUUUCCUUUUCAGCGAGGAUGCCACAUGUCCUGAUACUCUGAGGAUAUUUGAGAGCAAAGAUUAUCUUUGGAAGAAGGUGACAGUUUUUCACAGCUUGUUUCUGUCCGCCUGUGAGAAGCGUGAGAGUGUGAAGUCAGUGUGGAUCGGUCAUUAUGUGCUGCCUCCAGCCUCAGUACAGGAUGAGGUGAGACGUGUUGUUGGGAGGUUUAUUUGGGAGUGUGAAGAUGAGCAGUCAGAGGCACAGGGUUCCCAAGAUGAAUGCAGUGAAGUCAGCAGAAGCGAUUUCGCACCGUCUGAGACAAACUCAUCAGAGAGUGAAGCCGCUCUCUGUGCUCAUUAUCCAGCUUGUAACGUGCUCACAGGGUACGUCAGUAUGGACAGCCUGCUGAAAUAUACGGGUGAUGUGAGUGAUUUCCAUCCCGGAUGUGUCCGAUGCUCCAGCUGUAAAGCCCACUGCUGCCUGCCGCACACGUAA